UUCGAUUUCCGUUUUGGAUGGUAGCGAUGGCUUUCGCAUUUUCUCCAUCAAUAGUUGUGACAAGGUUGAGGAAAUCUACGCCAGAGAUUCGGAGCAUAUCAUUUUGAUCGAGCGCCUAUUCAAUAGCUCCCUUGUGGUGAUGGUCACUGCCGAGAAACCGCACUGCUUGCAAAUGUUGCACUUCAAGAAGAAUCAGAAAAUCUGCAAUUGUGUCUACCCUACGAAUAUACUCAGCAUACGCAUGAAUCGUACGCGUUUGAUUGCCUGUCUAGCGGAGAGCAUACACAUUCACGACAUACGCGACAUGAAGAUGCUCUAUGCCAUUGAGAAUAUUGCACCCAACGAGCUGGGCUUGUGUUCCCUAUCGCUAAACUCGCACUUAGCCUUUCCCAUCUGCAGUACCAGCGGUGAGCUGCGUCUCUACAAUGCAUCCAAACUGAAGUCAGGCAUCACAAUUCGGGCGCAUGAAAGUCGUUUGUCGGCAUUGAAUUUCUCACCUAGCGGCCAACUGCUGGCGACCGCCUCGGAGCGUGGCACUGUGAUACGUGUGUUCUGUGUGAAGACUGGUCAGCGCGUGCAGGAGUUUAGACGCGGCGUGAAACGUUGCGUACGCAUAGCAUCGCUGGUAUUUUCGGUUAAUGGACAAUUUCUCUGUGUCACCUCGAAUACAGAGACCGUGCAUGUAUUCAAAAUCGAUGAAAAAGCUGUGAUGACGGCGCUAGAGGCUGACGCUUUGAAAGCGUCAAAUACUGCUGCAGCUGCUAAACAAUUGGAAAAGCAGUCGACGCAGCCGGGCAAAAGUGAAGCGCAAAUUGAAAAUGCUGUAGCGCCAGCUGCUGAUGCAUCGCUUGUCUCCACAUCGCCGGGCGCCUCGGGUAGCGGCUGGUCCGAUUACUUUUCGAAGGCUGUAUCCUCAUAUCUCUUGCCAACGCAAGUGAGCGAUGUGCUCGCGCAGGAUCGCGCCUUCGCUACGGCGGUCAUAGCACAGCCUGGCAUGCGUCACAUUUGUGGACUGACAUACGUGCAGAAGCAAUUGAAGGUGUUGAUCGCCAGCGAGGAGGGUUUCCUCUACAUUCACGAAUUCAAUGCGGAACGUGGUGGCGCUUGCAAAUUGGAAGCGGUACAUGAUCUACGCGGUGCGCUAGACGGUGUCGUAGGUGAGGAGUGUAUUAGUUUAGAAAAUAUUUGUAACAGCAGCAGCACCACCACCACUAACCAAAUUGAUAGCAUUGAUAGUAGCACAUUAAAAACAACAACACCAUCAACUACAAUUUCAAGUACAAAUACAAAUGCCAGCAGCAGCGGCAGUGAAGCGAAAAGUAAAAAGAGCCCUAUUCCACGUUGCGUCUUACAAAAUCCAGAUCCAGUGCGGGAUAAUUCAUAUGCCGGUAUACUAAAAGGACAACAGGCAGCCAAUUCGCUAACGGCAGACUCUGCCAAGUACCGUAAACUUUGUGAUGCCAUUGAUACGCCGAGUAAACUCUUUGAUGAACGUCAAUUUCCGCCAGUGGCCAUUGCAGCACGCGAUUGACUAACAAAGCGAAGGAGUGAAGAAAAGGAACGUUUUACGACAGCUGUUGCGAAAGCUUAAAUUUAUAUAUAAAGAAUUUAGUGGCAAUUAAUUUAUGUAUGUAGAUUUGCUUGGUUUGCGUCUGAAGCUUUCUCUUGUAUUUAGGUGUAUAGUGGCACAGCUGGUUGGAUUAAAAAAUAUGACAUGCAUACAUAUACAUAUGUAUGCCAUUAAUUAAAAAUAAUAAUUUAGCGAAAUUUAAAAAGCGUAUCAAUUUAGCGAUUAAUUAUUGUUUGAAUGUUGUAUAAAAUUCUAUUAUGAAAGCUAUUUUUUUAAACUGGAAUGUUAGAAAAUACAUACAUAUGUACAUAUGCAUACGUACAAGUAUUAAUAUUAGUUUUAACACAGGCAAAUAUAUAUAAAAUUUAGAUACAUGCACACGCAUGUAGCAUAAAAGCAAAAAAAUAAAACUUUAAAAUAUCUGUUAGUAAAUUAAGCUUAGUAAGCAUUUAUAUAUACAUAUUAUAUUUCUAUGUUUACGAUAUUUUCUGCGAAACUUUGGCCCAUAAAGCGACUAUAAUAUAUUUUCAAUAUAGGGCCCAAUAUGUUGCGCUCUCUUUUUCCACUAAGGCAUAGACAGGCGGCGACGUUAAUCCGGAUUAACGGUGCAGUUGAUCUGAGCAAAAUUCUACCCUGGCAGACGUCAGUGUUGCGUAUUAAGUAGGUCAGAAAAAUUUAUUAAAAAAUUUUUGAGUUCCUUCAAUUAUUACUUUUAUUUUUCAAACGUAAUUAUAG